AUGUCCUUUGGUAGUCAAGGAUACCCAAGCAACCUCACAUUUUAUGUCGGUUGCGACAAUGAGCGCGAGGAAUGCGGGGGGCAGACAAUAUGCCUCAGAAGAGGCAACCAAAACCUCGUGGUUCAGGGCCCGUCUGUAAUUCCUCCAGAGUAUUCUGGAACGUGGGGCAAAGAUCCUGCAAUCGACGAGGCGAUCAAGGAUGGUCUAUACGGUAGAAUCGAGAAAAUUCAAACCCUCCUCUCAACCAUACCGUUCGGCUCAAAAAACUGGGCGUACUUCAUAACCAAGAAAGACGGGACGUACAGCCUAGUGUACAGGGAGAGAAAACUGUAUCAGGUUACUACUCCACCUUGGGCGCCCUUGGUUGAUGAGAGGGAGAUAUUGGUGACCAAGAUGAUCUCUCCCGAAGAGCAUCAGGGCAUCUGGGACGGGAAGGAGGCACAUAAUCUCCUGCGAGGUUUAGACCUCACGUUCGAAGUUCUUGGUCACGUCACAAACUCUGAUGGUGAGAUUGUUGGCAUCAUGACAGAACCAGCGUACGGGAGGUAUGUUGAAUAUAGCGAUCGCACCGACGUUUAUGAAGCGAUCGCCAAAAUUCAGAGCCGGAGCCUUUGGUACUCCUUCGACCACACCACUAUCAUGGUCUCCAAAGGAAAGAUUCGCAUUGAAUCUCUAACGUCUGUUCAUCCCAUUCCACUGGAGCAGGAGAGACUAGCAGACGAACUCCAUUCCGAAUAUCUGGAUUAUAUGUUCGAUGUCUUGAGCGUUCAGAAAAAUUUCUUCACACCUUUUCGGUAUCAUCAACAAAUAGCGAAGCCACUCCCAGGGAUACCCUCCCCUUCUGCUCCAAUGGAUGACUUCGUCGCAAAAUUGAUGAGAUGCACACUCUCCUGCAACGGUCUCAAUCCCGAAAUCCAAGAAGACUCGAAAUCGGAUAAAUCAAGGGAUCGAGCCGUCCGCAUGCAUCGGCGUUUUCUUGGCUCAGGUGGCAAGAAUCUUGAUCGACCUUACCAGGUCGUUCGAUAUGACCCCAUUGGGAGCUUGCUUUCCACACGGAGGACAAAAAGAUUCCUUUUGAGCGCUGCUAGCAGUGACACCACCGAGUCGGAUAUCGGUGACUCAUCCCUUUUACCAUAA